AUGGCGUGGCGGCUGCUCCAAGGCGGCGAGAGGAAGCUCCGCUCCGCCGUGGCCGCCGUGGCCGUCGCCGGCGGAGGCGGCGUCGGCGGGGCGGCCUUCACGACGGCGCUCCCCCACCUGAACGCGAGGAAGAGGAAGAAGCGGAAGAAGAAGGAGAGCCCCCGCACGGCGCUGGUACAGAAGGAGGCGUUCCUGCGGAUCCCACAUUUCGAGGAGAUUGUCCAGAGGGACGCCCUCUUCCGAUUCAUCAGCCGCAGCAAGGAUUUCCUCUCCCGGCAGCCGGAGCACGUCCUCCUUCUCGACGACGCCGGGAAGCUCCACCGCGAACUAGGGUUCCCCCGCGGCCGCAAGGUCUCCCGCUUCGCCGCCCGGCACCCUCUCCUGCUGCAGGUUUACCGGCACAGCGACGGCAAGUCCUGGAUCGGAUUUACCGAUCUCAUGGAGGAGCUCCUGGAGGAAGAGGCGGUGGUCAUGGAUUCCACGGAGCCGUCUAGGGUUCUGGCCGUCCGCAAGCUGCUGAUGAUGUCCAAGGAGCGGCGGAUCCCCCUCAGCAAGCUCCAUCACUGCCGCCAUCUGUUCGGCCUCCCGGAGGACUUCCGGGAUCGCGUCCCCAAAUAUUCGGAUUACUUCCGAGUGGUGAUCGAUCCGGCUGACGGCCAGCGGAUCCUGGAGCUGGUGGAUUGGGAUCCUAAGCUCGCCGUCAGCGCACUUGAGAAGGACUUCGUCUCCGACGAGGAUAGGGUUCGGCGCACCUUCCAGUUCCCCCUCCGGCACGGCAAGGCGCUUGGUCUCUCGGAGGAGGACGAGAGAAGGAUGGUCAUGGCGAACACGCUCCCCCUCGUCUCGCCCUAUUCCGACGGCUGGCGGCACGAUCUGUGGACGCUAGAAGCUGAGAAGUACCGCGUCGGGGUGAUCCACGAGUUCCUAACCCUAACCCUAGAGAAGCGGGCAUCCAUACACCAUAUCGUGGAGUUCAAGGAGGAGCUCAGCCUCACGAAGCAUACCUACCAGAUGCUUCUGAAGCAGCCUCGGGCGUUCUACCUCGCCGGCACGGAGAUGAACUGGGCGGUGUUCCUGAGGGAUUGGUACAGCGAGGAUGGGACGCUGAUGGAAAAGGAUCCGCUGGUGCUGUUCAACGAGAAGCUGCAUCAGUAUGCUCUGAUGACGAAGAUGGAAACAAACGGUAAAUCCUCCGAAGAUAUUGUCUGCAGCUGA